CAGUGCUCGCUCCCCUGCCCACUCAAGAUGGGGGUGAACAUGGGGAAAGGGGGAGGGGGAGGUGCCCACGGCGGGAGUGGGAGCGGCGGGAUCCUGGACGCCCUGCACCUGACGCAGGGCACGCUACACAUCGUCAUGCUGGGCCUGGACUCGGCGGGGAAGUCGACAGCUCUGUACCGCCUCAAGUUCGACCAGUACCUCAACACCGUCCCUACCAUUGGCUUCAACUGCGAGAAGGUUAAAGGUUGCACCGGCAGAGCUAAGGGCACCAGUUUCCUGAUCUGGGACGUGGGAGGGCAGGAGAAGAUACGACCCUUGUGGCGCUCCUACACGCGCUGCACAGAUGGCAUCGUGUUCGUGGUGGACUCAGUGGACCUAGAGAGGCUGGAAGAGGCGAGAUGUGAGCUGUACAAGACUGCCAAGCUACCGGAGAAUGCCCAGGUGCCUAUCUUGGUGCUGGCCAACAAACAAGACCUGCCCGGCGCCAAGGACCCGCUGGAGAUAGAGAGGUUGCUGGGCAUCGCAGAGCUGGGCAACACACACCUCUGGCACAUACAGCCUGCGUGCGCCAUCACCGGGGAGGGUCUGGAUGACGCCUUGGAGCACCUGUACGACAUGAUCCACAAGCAGCGCCGUCUCGCCAAGACCAACAAGAAGAGACCCAGAUGAUCCUCCACCUCCGACUAGUUGGCUGCCCCCGCCGGCUGUCGGACUUCACUAAGCGUUUGUUGGGGCACCGAGGAACAGGAGCAGCCGCCGCCCCCCCCGGAAGGUGCUGAGGCGGCCGCCUUGACACCUGAAGAAUACGAGGACCUCUGUGACGACGCCUCAAGAAGCGAAGACCACUACGGGGCCUCCUGAGCUGCGCACAGUGGCUGUGGCGCCGCUGGAUCAAAGGGUCACAGAGAGACGUGAUGGAGCUCAGCGGCAGUCAGGUGUCUGCUGCUGGAGUGUUGCUGCUUCCCGGGAGAUGUGGCGCCGCUUGUGGCGUGUGGCGUCCCCUGGAUGGCUUCCUGACGGCACAAGCUGAAGGAAGAUGGAUGUAGUCCUCAGGAGAAUGAAUCAAGUCUUUCUCUCCCUGAGACAGCCCUCCAUUGUGCCGUUUUUUGCAUACAGUGAAGCUGUUUUUUGCAUUUUGUGCUUCUGUAGUUCGGAGCCGCAGUCCCGAGCACAGCAAGGGCCGGGAGAGUUGAUAUGCCUUCCGCCCCCACGGCCUGCCUGGCCUGGCCUGGCCCGGGCCACGCCAGGGCUGGGGCAACCCAAAAUGGAAUUUGGCUCCAAGUGAAGGAGAAGAAAAUGUUCCCAACUGAAUGUCCCGCAAGACGCAGGGCCGCACCGCCCUUGCCUGGGCGCUUCAGUUGUUUUGAGACACAAAUAUAAUUGUAAGCGAACUUUUGGGAUAGACAGUUUUUAGGACUGAUUCCUAGAUGUGUUGCAAGCUGCAGGAAUAUUGAUUGUCCAUAUAUCUGUGAUGUGAUCUAUACAUUUACCCCUCAAGAUAACUUUUAUGGCGUCAGAUGUUUUCUAUGUCCACUAAACAAUAUCUCAUUUACUUUUUCCACCAAUGUUUUUUGCAAGUGAGUGGAUGUUAAUCAUUUGCCUCAUCAUUACCUUUUGAAUUGUUCAUGGUAAGAACAUUCACUACACUCCUUCCUCAUCAUUUCAGAACCACCAAACCCGACACCCCUUUAUGUUCCUCACCAGUCACACCAUAACCCAACACAACACCAUAACAAAACAUCCCAAAUUUACGUGUUUAGGGACGUAUCGAGUGGACGCGUUGGACUUUGAGAUGAUGAGGUGAGGCCCGCACCUGAGGCCAGCGCUUGAGCAUUGUACUGCCCGCCUCCUCCAAGCGAGUACGUUGCUGGGAGGCGUCAGUAAGGCAGGUUCCAGACGGCAUAGGCCAGCUAGUCAGUGGAGCUAGAGCCAGACAUGUAGUGAGUCGCAGUUUGUAAUGUAGAUUCUAAGGUAAAAUAGUGGAGCUGAAAGUUAGUCAAUAGUGAUCCAGUUGUUCGUUCAUCUGGGAAAUCAUAUAAUUAGGUAAUCGAUAAGGCAAUCAGUCAGUCAGUCAUCUAGUCUUUCAAGGCAAUUUUCCUCGCCGCUGACUGCAAAACGAAGGAAAGAUGAGAUUUUUGUUAGUUUUCGUUAUUUUUUUUCUUAUUUUAUCUACUCAUUUGUCUAUUUUAGGAUGUGAUAAGUGGGUGCUGCGAUUUCCUUUACUCAUUUAAUUUAGUCAAUCAGUCAGUUAGCCAGUCAGUCAUUGCUGCAGUUGUAUCAAACCGUCAGAUAUUUCUUUCAAAGAUUCCCAUUCGUCAGUCCUGAUUUAAUCCAGUUCCACCUUAGGUCAGUCAGUCAAUUAGUCAGUCAGUCAAUCAGUCAGUCAGUCACAACUCAGAUAACCCUUUUUGGAUACCUCUGUUCGUCAUCCCUAGUUUAAUCUAGUCUUACCCUUAUAGCCAGCCAGCCAGUCAGUCAGUCAGUCAGUCCCCGUGGUGAUGCCUUUGUACAUAACGAUGCAUAAUCUUUCAUACCGGUAAACAUUAUGAUAAAAACAAACCAUAACCUCCAUGACACCUUUUUGUAACACACGAGAAAGGAAAGUAGCAGAAAAAAAACAAGACGGGAGAACAUUUAAGUAAGUUUUCCCAUUUUUUCCGCUACUACCAAUUUUUUUGCCAUUUUUUUCUAAUUUACCUUUCCUUGUGAGUGGUGAAAAGAAUGACAGUACUAAAUGGUGCACUGUAUUUGGAUAUAUUGUGAUUCUCUAUGGUGAUAACUCCCUUUAUUACAUACUAUUUUUCGGUCCAGGAGAUAGUAAUAUUUAUACUGCAAUUUGGGACUUGUUUGAAGCGCACCUUACGUGUAAAACAAGAACAAGGACGCUACAAAGAAGGUGGCAAAUAGCAACCCUCGUAGCAACCCUUUUAGAAACCAGGACUUUGAUACCAUUGGCCGGUGAAAGAGCCAAUGGCGUGCUUUGUUUUACGCAGCUUAUGUCCUGCACCCGUUUUCUUUCGCGGCCAAGCAAGGAGUGACUGGUCGCGUGUGACGAUAAGGACACUCGUGGCCUUGUCGUCUCCAGAGUGACAGAAAGAACUAUUUUCACGUGUUUCUCUCUGUGAUAUGUUACAUAGGUGUUGCCUGGGUGAUAGUGUUAAGGCAGGUGUGUGUGUGUGUGUGUGUGUGUGUGUGUGUGUGUGUGUGUGUGUGUGUGUGUGUGUGUGUGUGUUUUCUGCGCCUCAGCCUAACGCGUGUAAAUAUAGAUAGGUAGCUAAAAAUGGAGCAGUGGAAGAAAAGGAAGAAGAGAAAAACAAUGCAACGAAAAGGGAAAUAAUAUAAAAAGAAAUGCACAAAAUGAAGGAAAAUUAAAUAGAUAAAACAUAUUUCUUUUUAAACGUAUUACUGAUAGAACACGAGACUUACAUGUACGUACCAGAAACAAAAGAAGAAGAAAGAGAAAUAGAACAAUACAUAAAGAAUAAAAACAAUACAUAAAUAAAAUAAAAGGAAAAUCAGGUCUUUUUAACAGUUACUACCAGAAUGACUAUGUGUGCGAGAUAUCUGAGAGCUGAGUGACUAAUACGUCGUGUAGUUAUGCAAGUUAUACAAUAAGUCAAUGAUGAACUACUUUUUCAUACACUACAAUCCUUUCCUGUAACUAUUGAUAUGUAUAAUUCUCCCCUCUUACAACUCUACACAUAUUAUCUCUCUCUACAGCUGUCCAUAUGUAUAAUUGUUUAUUUCUACAACUUUUCCUACUUAUAAUUAACUUUUCUAUAACUGUUUACAUGUAUAUUCUUUUCUCUUACAACUCUACAACUCUUCAAAUGCAUAAUUCUUUCCCACUACUGUUCAUACUUAUACUUCUCCCUUUCUAUAAUUAUUCAUACGUAAAUAUUUCUCUCUACAGCUUUUCUACAUCUGUUCACACUUAUGGCUCUAAUCUACAAUUGCCUACACGUAAAGUUAUCUUCUUCUACCGCUACUAACACGUACGUCUCCCUCUCUCCCUCUCUCUCUCCCACUCUCUCUCUACAAGACGCCGGAUGUUUGUAAGGGCGUUGAUCUUUCAGUAGCCGCGUCACGUCCCAGUCGCCGCGGCCUGAAUCUUGUCCCCCUGAAUAAGGCAAAACAAUAUCCGGGACUCAGAAGUUAAUCAGUGAGUAGCGGAAGUCUGGGAGCUAAUCAGGAAUGGAGGACGGAAUACGCUCACGCCACACAUGCACACACAGAGCUACACACACACAGACACACAGACACAAUGGAAAACAGCUUACCAUCCACCGCAAGGCAACACGUACAAACCCACAACAUGACCCUGAUAACGCGAGUCUCAUUUCCUCCUCCACCCUGCCAGUGCUGCACGACCUUGCUACUGCACCACAAUACCGAUCGAUCAAUCAGUCAGCCAGUCAAUCCUCAGCCUCCCCCUAAAUCCACUCACCUCAAGGUUGAAAGUUACCUCAUUGUGGGUUCCUGUGUGUGUUCUCGGCCAGUCACGCAGUUUGAGGUAUUAAUACAUAACGGGAUAGAGGCAUAGGUAUUCAGAAACGCUUUGUUCUCACCAUCACUGCUUUCCAAAGGCUCCAGUUGAAGAUAUUCGUGUUUUAAAGGGUAUUUUACGAUUCUGGUGGUACACUGGUAAGAUUUCUGGUAUAUUAAAAGUAGAAACUGUCUUGAAAAACCGGCUAGUUGUCUCUGUGGCCUUGGAAAAUUGUCGUAGUGAGAGGAGAAGGCUUUUCUGAAUAAGGGCGAUAGACAGUUCUUUUCGUAGUUUAUUUUAGUGAUGGGUGAGUUGAGGGUUAUUUGUAAGGGAAAAAGGUUCAUGAUUGUGGGCUUGUGAUGGCCAAGAGAGAAAAAAAGGAGAAAGAAAAAAGUCAAGAAAAAACGAAAGAAAGAAAGAGGAAAGAAAUCUCAUGUAUUAUAUAACUUUUCAAAUAUAAAGUGUGUGUGUUUGAGUGUUUGCGUGUGUGUGUAUGUGUUUGUAUUGUCACGUGCACCGUUCUUGUUGCUGCGUGCACCGUGUUUUGUAUUUUUCCUCAGCAUGUGCACUGUUUUUUGUGAGCGUGCACCGUUGGAGAGGCUGAACGCUAGACGCAAGCAACGAGAGAACCUGAUGGUGACGCAUUUGCCAGUUUUGGACACGAGAAACGAGUGAAUUGUUGCUCUUCUUCUUUUCCUUCCAUCGUGUGUUGAUUUGUGAAGGUCGAGAUUUAAAUACUGAUAAUACUAUAACGGUAAUAAUAAUAAUAAUAAUAAUUUUAUCUAGCCGCGCCCCCCGAAGGCCUUAGUAUCUUGUAUAUCAGAACUGUUAACAUUUACCGUACAAAAUAAACUUGUCAGGAACCCCA